GCGCAUGCGGGGUACCGGUCUUGCUUCCGGGUACCGGUCGGGGUGGAGGGGUAGUGACUGUCAGUCCCCGUGACAACAAGCUUGUUGUCUUUCUUUACUACCUGCGGGAUUAUAAAAGGUGAGAUGUCUGCCCCAAAGCGACCUCCGAGCGAGGAGCCGGCCGAGAUCCCCAUGAAGAAGAUGAACGACAUGAAGGACAAGCGGAACGUCGUGGCCCUGAUUCUGGCCCGCGGAGGGAGCAAAGGGAUCCCGCUGAAGAACAUCAAGAAGCUAGCUGGAGUUCCAUUGAUUGGCUGGGUGCUGAGGGCUGCUAUCGACUCCGGCUUGUUUGACAGCGUGUGGGUAUCAACCGACCAUGCCGAGAUUGAGAAAAUUGCCAAAUCCUUUGGUGCUGAAGUACAUAUACGAAGUCCCGAAGUCUCCAAGGAUUCGUCUACGUCUCUGGAAACUAUUCAAGAGUUUGUCGAGCUGAAUCCAGGUGUGGACGUGGUCUGCAACAUCCAGGCUACGUCCCCGUGUCUGCAUCCGUUCCACCUGAGAGAUGCCUUGAAGUUCAUCACAGAAGAUCGGUAUGACUCGGUCUUCUCGGUGGUCAGGAGGCACCAGUUCCGCUGGAAGGAGGUCAAGCAAGGAUCCUGUGAGGAAACAAAGCCGUUGAAUCUGGACCCUAAGAAGCGUCCUCGGCGCCAGGACUGGGACGGCGAGCUGUGUGAGAACGGCUCCUUUUAUUUUGCCACCACCAGCCUGAUCAGGGAAGGGCAACUGCAGGGGGGCAAGAUGGCGUAUUACGAGAUGCAGCCUCAGUACAGCGUGGACAUCGACAUCGACAUCGACUGGCCGGUGGCUGAACAGAGGGUGCUCAGGUACGGUUACUUCGGUAAGGUGAUGAGGCUGAUGUUCUGCAAGGUGUCUGGAUGCUUGACAGACGGAAGAUUCAAUUUCUCCGCCUCUGGAAAGACCUCGGUGUCCAUCCACAGCAGAGACAUAGAGGGCCUGCGGAGGCUUCAGAAAGAAGGCGUGACGGUGUUCCUACUGACCUGCAGCCAGGACCCCAUAGGGCCGGCGCUGGUUAAAAAACUGAGCGAGAAGAUGGGGUUUGAGGUCCUGAAGGUGGGAGAGAACCCGCUGGUCGACCUGCGGUCAAUCAUGAAGGAGAGAGGACUGAAGUGGAACGAUGUGGCGUACAUGGGUAAUGACGAAGCAGAUGUCAUCUGGCUGAACCUGUCGGGCCUGAGUGGGGUUCCUGUAGGCGCACCUGUGGAUGCUGCGAACGCUGCUAAGUACAGCUGCCAACAGGCCGCAGGAAUGGGAGCUGUGAGGGAGUUUUCUGAGUACAUUAUUCGGAAGAAACGAGAGGCCGAGAGCCACCAGGCUGCCGGUAUUGACUCCGGAAAUGCGACAGCUUCUUCAAACGCCAUUGACCCUGGAAAUGCGACAGCUUCUUCAAACGCCAUUGACCCUGGAAAUGCGACAGCUUCUUCAAACGCCAUUGAACCUGGAAAUGCGACAGCUUCUUCAGGCAGUAUUGACUCCGGAAUUGAGAUGGCUUCUUCAAACGACAUUGACCCCGGAAAUCCAUCGGCUUCUUUAAACGACUUUGGCUCCGGAAAUGGAAUACGCGGAUGCUUCCCCAGGCACUCAAAGAAAAAAGGAAAUUCCUCACAAUGUUGAGGCAGAAGAAGCACCAACAAACCCAGAAGAUCUUGAUCUUCUACUUAAGAAUUUUCCAACGCCCAAGUUAGACUCACUGUAGUCUUUCUUUGAGAACAAAUCUGAAGAAAACGUUAUUGUUGGGGAAUUAUAGGACUUAUCACCAUGGUGAUGGCAAUGUGUACACUUGGUGCGAUUUUCUCACUAAUGUGUCAGAAGGAAAAAUAAAUCGGAUUUUGUGAAAUCCGGUUCCUCCGAUUCCCUUGGGUGCCCCUCUCCUCGGCGGGGGUGGGCGGCCCCUGCCUUGCCCCCCACCCAGACCUCCCGCGGCGGGGCGGGUGGUUGUCUGGGGCAUAGGAGCAGGUGUCCCUUGGGGGGGCCCUGUCUCGUUCCUGGGGUGGGGGAUGCUCAGUGCUGCUGGAUGGUGGUGGGCUACUCUUGUGGGGUUGGUGGGCUCUCCGGGGGUGGGACCUCGCGCUGGCCCUCCUGACGUGCUGAGGGGGCUACUCUUCUGGCUGGGCUGGGGCCUGAGGUCUCCGUGUUAGUGAAUUUACACUCGUGUGACUAAUAAAUUAUCUAUUGAAAUAAACUGCAAAAAACUCAAUCUUUUUUGUUGUUUCUAUUUUUAUUCAGCAACAUCAUUUAUGUACAUGCAAUUUCACAACUAGUGCCUUUAAAUGUUGCAUCCAUCCAGCAUACAGAACCGUAUUAAAAUGUGUUAACAACUUGAAACAAAGUGUUUCUUUACAGCAAAAAUGGAGAACUAUGUUUAAAACAGGGCAGAACACAAAGGGGAAUU